AUGGAACACACUCCUUCCUUCUCUUGCAUCCAGCCAAUAGAGGGCAUCCAGACGGCAAACAAGAACGUAUACAGCUACUUUAUGAAAAACGACAACUCGUACUACGUGGCCCCGCAGCACAGAUACACGGGCUACAAAAAAAGCACGGACAAAACAUACGUUGUGGUCAUAUCAAAGUACGAAAGCGCGACCGGGGACUACGCAUACACAAACAACAGCAGCGCCAUCCAGAUGGAGUGCCUGAUUGGGGAAAGCAAGAGCAAUGUGCAGCAGAAAAGCGUGCAUCUGUCAAAUCUUUUCCACGCCAUCAAGGAGAUUGAAUACUCUCUGCCUGGCACAGAAGAGAUACGGCCCGGCGACAUAUUUGUGGGCCUUGUGUACCCGGACGGCAUGAACAGAGUGAGCAUCAUGAACAUGGUGGACUCAGUUCUCCGGCACGCAGGGUUCAAGGGCAUCCUGGUUCUCCCCAUGGCGCUUGCGCUCAGCCUGGGCCUGGGCGUGUCCAACUCGGUGGUGUACAGCCCGUGCGACCAGACCUUUGCGCUUAUUGAAGACAACUGCAUGUUUGACAGCUUCACAGUCGGAAGAAAAAGCAGCAGCACGCUCUAUGGAAGCGACAUUGUGGAGGAGUUCCUAAAGAAGGAGGAGCCCCCCAAAAGCGCGCUCCCCGAGCUCACGUGCUUCAUGUGCGGCGCGCACUUUGAGAUAUCGGAGUUCAGCAUGCACUUCCUGAACAAGCACAUGAUAGACAUAUACGAAGACCAGGCGAAAAGCGACGCCAUGCUAAGCAAGUGCGCGCUGCGGGAGGAGCCGGCAAAGGAGGAGCCCGCGCCCGAAGCCAACCUGCAGGUUGUGGCCCGCGCCAUGGUGCGGCGCCUGUCUCCGGCAGAACGAAGCAAAAAGGUAACGGCAACGGUGAUUUUGGUCACAGAGAAGCACAUUCCCGCAGAAAGCGCGGGCCCUUCUGCAGAGGGCGAGGCAGCAGCGCCUGCAGAAGGCGAGGGCACAGAUGACCAGAAGGCUGUGCCUGAGGACGUGCAGGACAUAGCUCUGAUAGUUGAAGAUCUGGCAGACUCCACCCUUUUGUAUGUACAGGAAAAAGCCAGGGCGCAGACCGCGUGGAACGGCAUGUUUGCGCUUACAAAAAUCGAGCCGUCAAAAGACCUGUGGCUUACGGACAAGGAGUGGAAGAGCGUUGGCCUGCGGGUUCUUAAGGAGAAAGUGCUGUUCUUUAUAUAG